UAUUUUCAUGUGAAUUUAUCUGCCUUGGCAGCGGUCCAAACAGUCCAAUCCCUGGUAGCUCUAACUCGCCACUUCCGCUGUGCACACUUGCACUUCUCUCCCUCUCCCUCUCCCUCUCCCCCCCGCUGAAGAUGGCGGAACCCAUGGAAGCGGAGCAGACAGUGAUGUCAGAAAAUCUUGAAGAACUCAAUCCCAAUGACGAUGAAGAACAGAAGAACACUCUAGAUGCUACAGCACCUUCCGACGGUUCGGACUCCGAAGACUCCGAUUCCGACAACGAAGCUCAACAAGCGGAGGAGCUCAAAACCCUAGAAUCUGACCUCUCUCGCAAUCCCUCCAACUACGAUGCUCAUAUUCAGUAUAUACAAUUGCUUAGGAAAACGGGGGAGAUUGAUAAACUCAGGCUUGCUAGGGAAUCGAUGAGCGCAAUUUUUCCUUUAUCGCCCAAAAUGUGGCAGGAGUGGGCUAAAGAUGAAACCACUCUGUGUUCUGGGCCAGAGGCAGUUCCAGCUAUUGAAAAGCUCUAUGAACGUGGUGUAUCUGAUUAUCUGUUUGUCCCUCUUUGGUGUGACUACUUAAAUUUUGUGCAAGAACAUGAUCCCUCAGUCCGUGACUGUUCAGCUUCUGGUGUUUCAAAGGCAAGGAACUUAUUUGAGCGUGCUCUUACUGCUGGUGGUUUGCAUUUUAGUGAAGGCAGUAACAUAUGGGAAGCCUACAAAGAAUUUGAGCAAGCUAUCUGCCUCUUAGUUGAUGAUUCUAAUACCGAGGGGAAAGAAAAGCAGAUCCAGCGUGUUCGAAAUAUAUUCCACAGGCAGCUAUCUGUUCCAUUGGCUGAUAUGAAGUCAAGUCUUCUUGUUUAUAAGGCGUGGGAGGUGGAGCAUGGGAAUGAUCUUGAUGCUAACUCCAGUGACCUGGAAGGUAUUUCUUCUCAUGCCGCUUCUGCUUAUAAGAAAGCAUUGGAGAUGUGUGAUGCUCGCGUAACUCUGGAAGAACAAGUUUCUAAAUCUGAUGUACCAGACACAGAAAGACUUCCACUCUUCAAGAGAUACUUGAAAUUUGAAGAAUCUGCAGGUGACCCUGCGCGUGUUCAGAUUCUAUAUGAACGUGCUAUCACAGAGUUUCCUAUAUCUAGUGAUUUGUGGACUGACUAUGCUCGCUAUUUAGAAAAGAAGCUCAAGGUUGGGAAUGUUGUGAAGAAUGUUAUGUGUAGAGCCACAAGGAAUUGUCCCUGGGUUGGGGAACUCUGGGUGAGGCAGUUGCUUUGCUUGGAACGGGCUCGUGCAUCCGAGGAUGAAGUUUCCAUGGUGUUUGAGAAGGCCCUCCAAUGUUCAUUUUCAAGUUAUGAAGAGUACUUGGAUUUGUUUCUUACUCGAAUUGAUGGUUUACGGAGGAGGAUUUCAGUGGCUGGUGAAUUGCAGGUCUUGGAUUAUGCUGUAAUCAGGGAUGCCUUUCAGCGUGCAUCAGAUUACUUGUCUUUACAUCUUAAAGGCACAGACGCUUUGUUGCGUUUGCAUGCUUAUUGGGCUCAUCUGGAGCUGACUUUGGCAAAUGAUAUAGUUGCUGCUCGUGGAGUGUGGGAGAGCUUACUGAAGAUUAGUGGCACCAUGCUUGAGGCCUGGCAAGGUUAUAUAGGGAUGGAGGUUGACAAGGGAAAUCUCAAUGAAGCAAGAUCAUUAUUUCGGAGGUGCUACACCAAGAGAUUUCCUGGUUCAGGUUCACAGGACAUAUGCCAAUCCUGGUUGCGGUUUGAGAGGGAAUUCGGCACUCUGGAAGAUUAUGAUUAUGCUGUUCAAAAGGUUUCACCACGUUUGGAGGAGUUGCAGAUAUUUAACUUGCAGCAAGAAAGCAAAACUGUUGUGACAGCUGGAGAUGCUAGUGAUCUUUCCGCCAAGAAAAGUGUUCGUGAAAAACGAAAACCAACGUCAAAUUUGUUGGAGGAUCAAUCUCCUUCAAAACGACUGAAAGACACGAAGGAAGCCUCUAAGAAAGGGACCAAAAAAGGUCAUGAAAAAGUGCUGAGUGUUACUAGAACAGCCACAGAGGAAGAGACUGAAGCAAAUGUUAACAAAAUGGAUAACACUAGCAGUAAUGAACAGCCAAAGAAGCAAAGUAUCCAUGAAAAGACAAUGUACACAGAUCAAUGCACAGCAUUCAUGUCUAACCUCGAUCCAAAAGUAAAUUAUGAAGAUAUUCGCAAAUUCUUUAGUGAUGUUGGUGGAGUUCAAUCUAUCCGAAUUUUAAAGCACAGGGAUACUGGGAAAUCAAGGGGUCUUGCGUAUGUGGAUUUCUGUGAUGAUGCACACCUUGAGGCUGCUGUGGCAAAGAACAGACAGUGGUUGCUGAAGAAAAAAUUGAGCAUCGCGAGAUCAGAUCCUUCUAAAAGCAAAAAUCAAUCAGGUCCAAAGAUAUUGCCUGGAGAUCAGGCAAGAACCAAGAGAAGCAAUUCUUCUGAUCCAUCUGGUGAUCAGCCGACCUCUAGUGAGGUGCGUAACAAUGAUGGAGUCCAACUCAAGGGAAAGAACACAUUUGCAGUUCCACGCAAUGUCAGGCCUCUUGGUUUUACUGACAUCAAACCAAAACCUGUUCAAGGUGAUGACGAGAAACCAAAAUCUAAUGAUGAAUUCAGAAACAUGUUUCUUAAAAAGUAGCUCAUACAAUUGUUUAUCAGACUUAUAUGUACAGGUCUCUAGUUUUUUGUUACUAAUCACUACCCGCAAAGAAAGUUAAUCGUGUUAGAAGCUUCUACUUUGACGGGAGUGACUUUGGUGUAUGAUUAUGUAGCUAAAUUCUAGAAAUGUGAUUAAAGUUGUGUUCCUUUUCUGUGUCUACUUGCUCCUUGGACAAUGCCUUACACUCGCACAGGCGAGGAGCCAAGUAGGUGAUUUCAACCGAAAGUAUCAAUUGUUCCAAUUUCAAAAAAUGCAAGUGUAUUUCUUUUCAAAUACCUACUGUGUAUCUCAGAUUAAUGUUGAAUGUGCUAUGAUUUUUUUUAUUUUUUUUA